AUGCCGCCCAAGGGAGUCCCCAAGCAGCCAUCGCCGUGGAGCAACGCGGAGCUCCUCGAAAACCUCACCCUGGCUCUCUACGAGACGGCGAAGAACGCCGGCGGGUUCAGCACGGCCGCCAAGGAGGGCGUCGAGGCGUUUAUGAAGCAGCAAGGCCACGCCAUUACGUGGGAGGCGAUCCGCUGCAAACGCAACUGCAUCGCCAAAGACUUGCCAUCUUUCACUCCUCCUCCCGCCCCGUCUACCUUCAAACUGCACUCACCGCGAUCAUCAUAUCGAAUAUCCUGCGCAAUGGGUGGUCGCCAGGUCCAGAGGUGGAAUCCUACGGUUCACGAGGAUAUCCUCAUUGCGAUUUUCCAGCACGUCAACCUCUCCACGGUGAAUUGGUCCUCGAUCAUGAACGACAUGCGCGGCAAGGGCUACACCUUCACCGAGGGUGCUCUGCGCCAGCACGUCCAGAAGCUUCGCAAGAACCGCGACAUGUCCGCCCUCGAAGGCGCAGCUGAGGACAAUGGCGCCACUCCGACCAAGCCAGCUGCUGCCAACAAGCGCGGCGGUCGCGGCCGCAAGGCCGUCUCCAAGAAGAACGUCCGCGAGUACAGCCCCGUCGACGACACGGAGGAGAAGCUCCAGCUGAAGCGCGAGGCUUCCGACGAUGAGGAUACCCUUGACGUCGAGACGCCUGUCAAGAAGCAGCGCAUCAAGCGGGAGUACAUGGAGGAAGACAACGAGGGUUUCGGUGCGGAGCUCGGCGAGGGCUACCAUGCCGAGGCCGGCGAGGUCUAAUCGUAUUCUCCUUCCAUCCUCCCCCCACCAGCGGCCAUGCCGUCGUCUUUCAUGUCGGUGCUGCGUGCUCGACACAUUGAGAGACCAUUCGUCCUACCGGAAAGGAGG